AUGCGCAAUCCUUACGAGGCGUCGCCUGAAUUGGUCGUGAAACCAGCUUCUCCUCUGAUGUAUGCACUGUCCAACAAAGAAGCAACAAGUCGACUGAGCCCAACAUCCAUCAUGGCUUUGAAAAGUCGAGAUGAAGGCUUGCUCACCGAAGGUGACGGCAUUUUUUGUUCCUCAACCAAAAACCAUCAACAAGAGUCCUUUUGCGCCAUUCUGGAAGAUGGCACUACCUGCUCGAGAGCACGACGCCAGUCUCCAGAGGUUGUUGACCUGUCCAAUUCUCCUGUCUUCCCAACAGAGGGAAGCAUGCAAGUGGCAGGCUUGGACAAGUCACAAGAGCCCAUUUCUCAGUUACCAGGCCUCCUGAGGGCAAGCAGGGAGCGCUUCUUUCAGACUCGCAGCCUAGGAAGACGAGUGAUAACUUCGGCUGCUGCCGUGGUCAAGGCGACAUCGACCAGUCUUUUGCCCCAGACAACUAUCACACCAUCUCCAGUGACGUCACUGCGACGACCCAUUAAGGUUUCCAGUAACCAAAUCGCCUACCAGCUCUCCGAUCUGGUUGUAUACACGCAGGCUGUGAAACUUAGAGCCCUGUUGCGAAACCUCUCCUCCACUCAAACUGCCGCCACUCAAUCAAACGGUAAGGCGACUACACUUAAAUGCCGUCUUAACACAUUAUCCGCAAUAUAA